UCCAAAAGAUAUUCAACUUUCUUCCUCGGAUCAGAUCAACUUCCACUUUACCAAAUUCCUUCAAUUUCCUUCAUCACUCGUAAUCUUCUUCUUACUCCUUCGUCUCCAUCAGCUAGUUCUUCAUUCCCUUUAUUCAUUUUCCUCUUGUUCAUGCGAGUUUCCCUUCCCAAGCUCUCCAAUCCCCAUCAAUGGUGACCAUUACCGAGGAACCAGACGAGCCAGUGCGGAAGCCAUCAGAGCCCCAACCCAAUAAAUCAACUUCAUCGUCCUCAAAACCACUGUCGAGUUCCGCCACUGCAACCCACAAAACCCCUCCAUCUCCGACCCCAAAUCCAUUCACCUUUUGGUUCUACUUUAUUUUAAUCGUCUCUAUCAUUACAUAUUUCUUCAUUUCUCUCCCCCCUCUCUCUCCCCCAGACCCCAAAUCCUGGUUUUUAAGUCUACCCAACAGCCUCCGUCAUCAUUACUCAAAGGGUCGUCUUCUAAAGGUACAAAUUAGCGGUAAUUUAUCUCCAAUCGAAGUCUUUGCAGUUGAAAAUGGCGCCAAAGGGAAUGAAAAUGUGGUCAUUGUUCAUGGGCUGGGGCUGAGUUCGUACUCCUUCCGCAAGGUUCUGGACUCCUUAGGUUCCAAAGGAGUUCGUGCUCUGGCGUUUGAUCUGCCCGGCAAUGGCUUUUCCGACAAAUCCACUGCUGAGAUCGAUGAGAGCUCAAAUGGGGUUUUAGGGAGGCUUUUGGAUGUUUAUAAUUUGAUUCAUGAAAAGGGUAUCUUCUGGGCGUUUGAUCAGAUCAUUGAAACUGGGCAGAUUCCUUAUGAAGAAAUUCAAAAACAUGUUCCUAAGAGGAAGAUCUUGAAGCCAAUUGGGUUAGGCCCUGAAGAGAUUGGUAGCAUUUUGGGGCAAAUCAUAGAUACUAUUGGUUUGGCUCCAGUUCAUUUGGUCCUUCACGAUUCAGCUUUAUCAAUGGCGGGAUAUUGGGUUGCAGAGAAUUCAGGAUUCGUGAGGAGUUUAACUCUUAUUGAUACUUUAUCAAAGCCUUCUCUUCCUUUGUGGCUCUUGGAGUUGCCUGUUGUGAGAGAGGUUAUUUUGGGAUCUAAUUUUGUGUAUUCAAGGUUGAUCAACCUCUGUUGUUCUAAGGGGAAUGAUGCUCCCUUGGAUGUGGAGGCUCAUAGAGUUCUUUUGAAAGGCCUCGGUGGGCGGCGGGCAGUUGUUAGCAUGGGGAAGAAGUUGAACGAUAGCUUUGACAUUGCAGAAUGGGGUGGUUUGGAUGAUCUGAAAAGUGUGCCAAUGCAGGUUAUCUGGUCUAAUGGUUGGUCGAACGAAUGGAGGACCGAGGGACGUCGGGUUGCUGAAGUGCUUCCACAGGCAUCUUUUGUUGAACAUUCCGGCGGACGGUGGGCUCAAGAAGAUGUAGCCGAUGUCGUAGCUGACAGUAUAUCUCAGUUCAUAUCCUCGUUACCACCCACGGUUAGAAAAACUGCUGAGGAGCCUACUCCUGAACACAUUCAUGAAGUUUUCGAUCAAUCAAUGAAUAGCGAUCACCACCACCACCACCACGAUCAUGGCAGUCAUGGUAUUCAUGGAGCUGGCUACAUGGAUGGAUACGGGCUCGGUAGUCAAGCCUGGUAAACUAACAUCGUCUUCUUUCUACAGGAAAGUGCCUCAAGAAGCGGGUGGAUAUAUGCAUGUCCAAAUUCGUCUCUUGCGUCCUUACUUCUUUGCCUGAUUGAUUGUAUUUUUGCUUGAGCUGCUCAGGAAAGACGUCCUAAUGGUAAAGCGUAUCAUGACGACUUGUUAACUACUUAUAUAUCUCUCUCUCUUUUUUUUUUUUUUUUUUUUGAUUUUACAUAUUAGAUUGUUGCUUGCUGAUUGACCUGUAUUUAAACAUGUGUUGCUUCAUUGUUUUGAAUCUAUCUGCUGAUCUUACACUUUCUUUUCUUGAAACUGAAUUUUGUUUAAAUGAAGACGAGAACUUAUGCGAGUCUUGGAA